GUAUCACCGGGGCGCGCCACUACUAUUUUUGCCAAGUGUCCAUUGAUAACAGGGCGCCUAAUAAACCCGUGGGAGAUGAGCUCGUGCACCCGUCCCUGUUCGGUGCUCCUCCUUGUACGAUGUCGCCGCAUUAUUUUUCUUUUACGGCGCCAUUGUUCAUGGGAACAAGACGACAAGGAGAGGCUCUAGCGAAUGGCUCGACAGAUCCCACCCACUACGGCGUGUCCGGAGUUUCCAAUGAACUCCUCCCUCACGCUUCGAUCCGUCCGUCCACCCGCCAUGGAAGCCGCCCAAUUUUUGGGUGUAUAAAUAGAUGCAGCAUGUUCUCCUUCCAACACUCCCCCGGUUGGCUAGGUUCUCUUCCUUUGAUGAAGGAAGAAGAAGAAGAGGCUAUAGCUAGCAAGUAGCUGAUCGAUCGAAUUAACGAACGUCAUGGGUUCCUUGCAGGGCGACGUGGCCACCUCGCCGUCUCUGUCCAGCACCGGCAGCAACGACGGGGGACGCGUCGGCGGCGGCGGCGGCGGCGACAUUAACAACGGCGUCUACGACGGCGCCAGGAUAUACGCGUGCUUCACGCACGGCGGCUCCAACAGCCUCGAAUGCUACGAGCCGGGGGCCAACACGUGGCGCAGGGUGGGGCCCAUCCCGGGGGUCCCCGCUGGCCACGUCCUCAAGGGCUUCGCCGUCGUGGCCCUCGGCGACUCCGUCUUCCUCAUCGGCGGCCGCCUCUGCCGCAGAGACCUCACGGGCGAGUCUCACCGCGACACGGACGUGGGCGUGCGUGCCGACGUGCUUCGCUACGACGCGCGCGGCGGCGAGUGGCGGGGCUGCGCGCCGCUGGGCGUCGCGCGGUUCGACUUCGCGUGCGCGGUGUGCCACGGCAGGAUCUGCGUGGCCGGCGGGCUGACCUCGCUGUCCGGCGCACGUGGCACGGCGGCGGCCGAGGUGUACGACGCCGACCAGGGCCGCUGGACGCGGCUCCCGGACAUGAGCACGCGGCGGUACAAGUGCGUGGGGGUGACGUGGCAGGGCGGGUUCCACGUGGUGGGCGGCUUCGCGGAGAGCACGAGCGCGGCCGCGGCCACGUCGGCGCUCGGCGGUGGCGACGUGUCGUCGUCCAGCGCGCUGGAGCGGAGCUCGGCGGAGGUGUUCAACUGCGGGCGUGGCGCGUGGGAGAUCCUGCCUGGCAUGUGGCAGCUGGACGUGCCGCCCAACCAGAUCGUCGCCGUGGCGGGGCGGCUCUUCAGCUCCGGCGACUGCCUCAACAGCUGGAAGGGCCACGUGGAGGCCUACGACGGCCAGCUCAACAUCUGGAGCGUCAUGGACCACUCGGCCGUCGCCGACCUCUCGCUCCUCGCCAGCCUCCCGCCGUCCGCGCAGCAGCUCUACCUCACCAUGGCCGUCGUCGGCACCCGGCUCUUCUUCCUCGCCGGGUACGAGGUGCCCUGCGACGACGACGAGGAGAGCUUCAGGACUCUGUCGCUGGUGCACAGCUUUGACACAAGCGCCGUGCCCGGGCUGGUGUCGGCGUGGAGCAGCUUCCAGCCCAAGAUGGUGGAUCAGGAGAACACCGUUGAGGACGGCAGCAAGGAGCUCUUCAGCCAGUGCUGCUCCGUGCAACUCUCCAGCUAAUUUUACAGACUUGUCCAGUGCUGUACUGUACGCAGUCUGUAUCAUUGGUUUUAAAUCACAGAGAGUUGCUACUUUUGCUGUUGUUGUGAAUGCGUGUGAGUGUGACUGUACAAGUGUAACACAAGGCUAUAUAUGGAUAAAAAAAGAAGAUAUAAUUUCUUUG